AUGCUGGCGAAGAAACUAGCGCUCCUCCUUCACCCCAACCUCUCCAUCUCCCUCACCGCCUUUAUUUGUUCCUCCGAGAUCAAAGCCACCCACGCUCACCUCAUAGUCACCGGCCGGACCACCGACACGUUUGCCACCUCCCGCCUCCUUGCCGCCGCUGCAAUCCCCUUUUCCAGAGACCUGAAGCACGCUGGCUCCCUCUUCAGCUCCCUUCCAUCACCCACAAUCUUCUCCUACAACACCAUGAUCCGCGCUUUCUCACACAGUCCCCAACCCAUCCAAUCCCUCCACCUCUACGCCCAAAUGCUUCGCUCCGGCCUCUCCCCUAACCACCUCACUCUCCCAUUCCUCCUCCGGUCCUGCUCCUCCCUUCGUCUCCCCAACCCCGGUACUUCCCUCCACUGUCACUCAACAAAGCUCGGCCUCGAAAGGGACAUCUUCAUCACCAAUAACACCAUCACUAUGUAUUCAACUCUGCUUGACAUGCCGUCAGCCCAGAGGGUUUUCGAAGAACACAUUGAAUCCGCCGACGUCGUCACCUGGACGGCCCUGAUCACCGGUUACUCCAACAUCGGAGCAAUUGACGUAGCGCGGUCACUCUUCAAUCGCGCCCCGAGCCGUAAUCUCGUAACUUAUAACGCAAUGCUGGCCGGCUACGCGAGGGCCGGGCGAACACUGGAAGCACGCCAUCUGUUCGACGAAAUGACUGUCCGAAACUCUGCCUCAUGGAGCUCGUUGAUUUCCGGCUUCGUACAGGCCGGCCUCACCAAGACGGCGCUAGCCAUCUUUCAUAAGAUGGCUCGGCAAAGCGUCCAGCCGAACGAGCCUCUGCUUGUAAGCACUAUAUCGGCUUGCUCUCAACUCCGAGCAUUGGAACAUGGCCGAUCUGUCCACCGCUACAUAGAAACCCUAGGCAUCAACAUAACCGUCAUUAUCGGCUCCGCCUUGGUCGACAUGUACGGAAAAUGCGGCGGAAUAAAAGAAGCCAUACAUAUCUUCAACACAAUGCCAGAACGAAACAUCUAUACCUGGAACUCGAUAAUCACGGGUCUCGCCAUGAACGGUGCCGGAAGACAGGUCCUAACGCUCUUCUACAAAAUGACGCUCGCCGGAGUAUCACCCAACAACAUAACAUUCAUUGAUUUGCUCAGCGCUUGUAGCCACAACGGUCUAGUCGAAGAAGGCCGAAUGGUGUUCGACGAAAUGACUAGGGUUUACGGCAUCGUCCCUGAAGAGGAGCAUUAUGGGUGCAUGGUGGAUUUGUUGGGGCGUGCUGGUUUAAUUGAAGAGGCUUUGGAUUUCAUCGGGAGGAUGCCGAUUGAGCCGCAUCCGGGAGUGUGGGGAGCGCUGGCUGGAGCUUGUAGGAUCCAUGGUGAGAUGGAGCUUGGCGAAGAAAUCAGCAGAUGGUUAAUCGAGCUUGAGCCAAGCCAUGGCGGGAGAUACAUACAUUUGUCGAAUAUAUAUGGAGAUGGGAGAAGGUGGAAUGAGAUGGCAAUGGUGAGGCGGGUGUUGAAAGAGAGACGGGCGGUGAAGCCUCCUGGCGGUAGUUCGGUGGACGUACAGCAUGACUAA